CCGUCGAGCGGACAUGGAGCCUGAAAUCUUCCAGGAAGAUGUUGUCGGUGUGAAAGCAGCGGCAGGCAAAGAACGGGCCCCGGGGGGGAGGCCUGGGCCUGGGGCCGGGGCUCCCUCCCGCUCCCUCCAUCCCGCACAGCCGCCCGCCCGAGCGCCGAUCACUCCCCGGGGGGCGGACUGACAACCAGAGAAACAACACCAGGGGGUGCAGCAGGAAACCCGUUCCGGCGGGAGCCCGCACGAACGUUCCGCGGGCGGAUUGUCCCCCCCCUGUCCCCUCACAGCAUGUGCGAUGGAAACCGGAGCGUGUGUACCCAGACGGAGCGGUACGGGGGCCGGUACCGGUACGUUUACAGAUACCUGUCCCAAGGGGCCUACUCCUGGGCCCUGGGCCCCCUGCAGCGGAGGAGCGUCCGGAGGCUCGCCGCCAACUUCAGGCUGGAAGGUGGCUGUUUGUACUACGUGGGACCAAAGAAGGAUGAGAAGAGAGAAGUGGUGGCAGAUCGUGAGAAGCGACGACAGAUAUUCCUGGAAUGUCACUUCUCUGAUAUUGGCUGCCAUCUGGGUCAGAAAAAGACUGCGCACAGAAUUCAAAGCCGAUAUUAUUGGUUGGGGAUUGUAAAGGAUGUUGUCGACUGGAUUAAAAUGUGUGAAACCUGCCAGCAUGCAGAACACUACAAGAACGUGAACCGCAAACUCCCACUCUUGAAAGUAACCAGACCGUGGGAAAUUCUCGUCUUUGAUCUCAUUGGUCCAUUCCCAGAAACCACCUGUGGAAAUACCUAUGUACUGAUGGUUACUGACUAUUUCACAAAGUGGGUUGAAGCCAUUCCAAUACAGAAGAAAGAUGCUUUGUCAGUAGCCAAGGGGUUGGCUGCCACUUUUUACAGGUUUGGGGCUUCAAGAGACAUAUUCUCCAGUGAAAGCAGAGUAUUUUGUGACGAGGUUAACAAAAACCUGUUUGAAAGAUGGAACAUUAGUCACAAAGUGACUCCUGCUGAACACUUGCAGCGCGCAGGACUCGUUGACAGAACCAAUGAAAUAUUAAAAGCAGCAAUUAGAAAUACAGUAAACUCCAAGCAGACCGAGUGGGAUGACUGCUUGGACCCUGUUCUGUUUGAGUUUCGGACAUCAGUAAACUCAAGUACUAAGUUUACACCUUUUUUUCUACUUUAUAAUCGUGAAGCACAGCUGUCAUCUGAGGGAAAACGUGAAAUUUCUCCUGAGUACAGGUCACCAGAAACUUGUGGCAUCAAAACAGAAAGCCUAGACGAGUUUACCAGUUCUGUGAGUGAGCAGCAAAAUGCAGUUAAAGAAAUGGUGAUUGCUAACAUGGCUGCAGCUCACAAACAGGAAAAGAAGAAUGAAAAGAGGAAAGCCAGGAAAGGAACUGGAUUCACUGCCAGCAAGGAAGUGUAUCCAAGAAACACUAACCCAACAACUAAAAAGCACAAGAAAAGUCACUUUGUUUCUUUCCACAUUGAAACAACCUUGUCCUCCGAGCACCGUGUGAAUGGUGGGGUGUCAUGAAAUGACUUUUUGUUGAUAUUUGGCCCAGCAACUGAAGGAGAGAAACUUUACAAAUGGAUCCUCCUUGGAUGGCAUCUUAACAAUGGCGUAAGGAACAGUGAGAAAUUGAACACAGCCCGAGGCUCAGUGCUGUAAUGUGCCGAGUUGACCAAAUGCCAUCUGUGAAGUUGACUAUGAAUCAAGAUUAAAACAUUUUGCAUCAGAAUUAUUUUAUCCACACACAGCAUUAACUGUCGAAAGCAGAAUGUUGCAGAUGCUGUUCAUUCGUUAACUGUGAUCGUUUGUGCUGAGUUUGGUUGAAAGUUUGCACCAUGUGAUCAUUUAAUACCUACUAAAAUCAUCACUGUAAAGUUGUGCUGAAUGCGAUUUUAAAAAGUGUUUCAGUCAAUUUGCAGAAAUACAUAUUAUCAUUUCAGAAA